AGUCAAUUUGGUCUAGAAGGUUGCCAGCAACCUUCCUUUGCUUGGCGUUACCACCGCCCCAGUCGCGAAGAUGCCCGUCCGUUGGUUCUGCUUAGCCCAGGGAGCUGUGGCGGUUGCUGGCAGGUACCUGAAACACCGCUCCUACGUGGGGGCCGACUUCUUCGACGAGUGGGACUUUGACAGUUCUCCCGACCCCACCAGCGGGCACGUCAUCUACGUAGACCGCUCGACCGCGCUGUCGACGGGCCUGGCCAACGCCUCGAGCGACCGGGUGUACAUGGGCGCAGAGAUGACGUCGAGCACUGGAGGCACCGGCCGCAGGUCCGUGCGCGUGAGGUCCAAGGACGCGUACGACUCGGGGCUCUUCAUCGUCCGCGUCGACCACGUGCCCACGGGCUGCAGCACGUGGCCUGCCUUCUGGAUGUUUGGGGAGGACGCCGACCACCCGUGGCCAUCCCUGGGCGAGUACGACGUCAUCGAGGGAGUCAACGUCCAGGUGCGAUCGUCCACCACGCUGCACACCUCGGACCGGUGCGACCAGUCCGAGGUGGUGGCGGGCGAGGACAUGACCGGCAGGUGGGCGGCCGGCUCGUCGAGCGCCACGGCCUCCAACUGCUACGUCCACGCCCCUGGGCAGUACAAGAACCAGGGCUGCGUGCAGGAGGGCCCGGAGGACUCCAUGGGCCCUGGCUUCAACCAGGGGGGGGGCGGCACCUACGCCGCGGAGUGGGCGCCACGGCGCGGCUACUUCCGGACCUGGUUUUGGCCGCGCGGCCAGGUCCCCGACGACGUCCGGCAGGGCGCCCCGACGCCGGACGCCUGGGGCACGCCGUUCUCCUUCUUCGGGCUCGGCCCCAGCUGCCCGAAGGAGCACUUCGCGCGCAUGCACAUGAUGUUCGACCUGUCCUUCUGCGGCGACUGGGCCGGCGGCACCUUCCCCAGGGACUGCCCCAGGUUUGCCGAGAGGAUGACGUGCGAGGAGCUCGUGGCGUUCCACCCAGAGGAGCUCCAGGAGGCCUACUGGUCCCUGCGCGCGCUGGACGUCUACCUGCUGCCAGAGGGGGACGCGGCCGUCGAGGGCGGCUCUGGGCCGCAGGAGAGCGGUGGAGUCAGUUGGUGGCACUGUGUUAUGUCGAUGCUCAUCGUCUUGCAGAGCCUCGUGAUGUGUGGAAUCGGCGUGUUCGUGUACAGGGCGAUGCGCCCCAAGGCCCAGCUGCCAGACUUGGAGAAUGUCAGGGAGAGCUCCACGCCCAGCUCGCCGACGAGGCCACUGGUCCAUGGACCGGCAAGCCCCCAGCAGGGCAGCACGCAGCCAGUGAGGCCGGCAAUUCGAAUGCAAGCUGGGCGAGAUCACACAGCCCGAUCGAUGGCAUUGUCGCGUGCGCAGUCGGCACCUCAUAGGGUGGGACCGAGCGUCAUGUUCUCGCCACGCUAGGCGCGAGAAAGGACGCGGCGUCCUACGCGACCGUGGUGUCGUCCGCAUCUUGCCCCAGGCAGAGUCGGCCACGCGCAGAGGGGGGCAGGGGGAGGGGGGGGAAAGCUUCUGGAAGCACCCCUGCUUCUCAGAAGGCGGGUGCCUUGUCCAUAGAUGUAGGCCGGCGCCUUCUGAGAAGCAGCCUCCCUCUAUCGGAAGUCCCCCCCCUCCCCCAAAGCCCCUGCUGCGCGCCGCCAACAGAGUGUACAGCAGAUUGAAUUCGUUGCCUCGUCCGAGGCCCGCGCUGGGUUGGCGGACCCACAGGCGGGACAACCACGGGACGACCACGGGAGAACCACGGGACAACCGCGGGCACGCCGCGCGACAGCUGCGCCGGGCAGUCGCGCUGCCCAGCCGGGGCGCGCCCCCGGGGCUGGCGCGGGCCUCUGUGGCCCGGCUGGGGCUCGGGCAGGGCUGGAGCACUCGCCUUCGCGCGCGGCUUCGCCUCGCCCGCGCACGCGACGCGAGCCAAAACCGAAGCCGAGUUCCCGUGUCGGGGGCCUCCGUGUCGUGUCGGCACCAUCUUUCGACCUCCGUCGCGGCGCACGGGCGGAGCUUUACGACGUCGCUCUCUCAGGUUGCUUUCGUAAUCGCCAGCUCUGGCCGACUGGAUCCCAAAAUGAAAUCACCUGUCCCCCUUAUCCUGCUCCUCCCUCCUUCCCCCCUGCUGUCCUCAUCCC